AUGUUUCGUCGUGGUACAAAACGACCACGUUUUAGUGUUGGUGGUCAUACUAUAUUCGAACAUGACGAUUCAUCAAAUCAUUCAGGUCUUGGUAUAGUUGAUUAUGAAGAAGAUUCUUCAUCUCAACAACAUACAACAGUAAGUAAUUCGGAUUCAAAUUUUCUUUUCAAUCAAUUUACAACUGAACGACCACGACGUAUUCAAAAAUCUAUAACAAAAUCUCAUAAUGAUGAUAAUACAAAUUUAACUGCAUGUCUUAAUCAUCUUUUACGAAUACUUUCACGUAAAGAUAAACAAGGUUUUUUUCAAUAUCCUGUUACUGAUCAAUUUGCACCAGGUUAUUCACAAAUAAUAACAAGACCAAUGGAUUUUUCAACAAUGAAAAAAAAAAUCAAUCAAGAUGAUUAUUCAAAUAUAAUUGAAUUUCGUUCAGAUUUUGAACUAAUGUGUGAUAAUGCUAUGAAAUAUAAUCGUCCAGAUACAAUUUAUUGGCAAGCUGCAAAAAAACUUCUAGCAACAGGAACAAAAUUAAUGAAUAAAGAUAAAUUAUUAAGUUUUCGUCGUAGUUUAGAAAAUUUUUCUCGUCUUACUGAACGUGAAUUAGGUUUUCGUAUUGAUUCAUUAAAUCAUAAUAUUGAUGAACAACCAACAACAUCAAAUGAAACAUAUGAUUCAUCAAUGACUGAAAAUGAAAAUUUUUCAACAAUAAAUUUAAAUCAAACAAAUUUACAACGUAAACCAAAAUUAAUAUUAAAAUUACCAAAAUAUUAUGAAAAAGUUUCAACAUCAAUACAAGAUGAAUCUAUUACUAAUAAUGAUAAUGAUAAUGAUAAUGAUAAUGAUAAUGAUGAUGAUGAUGAAUUAUCACCAGAAGAAAUUCUUUUACAAGCACAACAAGCUGCACAAAUUGCACAUGAAAAAAUUCGUUUACAUCAUUCAUUAAAUACUUAUACAAUUGCAUAUCAACGUACAAAUAAUAUAACAUCAUUAGAUUUUAUAAAUCAAGAUGAUUUUAGUCAACAAACAAUAACAUUAACUGAAUUAAAUGAUGAUAAUUUAUCUUCAACAUUACCUAUUAUUAAUGAAUAUGAAAAACGUUAUCAUUUAUCAGCACGAGAUUUUCUUGAAAAUGGACCAUUUUCAUCAAAUGUAUCACAAUCUGAUUCAAUAUUUUCUUCUAUAUCAAAAGAAGAACUUGAUUUAUUAAUACAUACAUAUGGAAGUGAAUUUUCAGCACAAUAUGCUGUUUCAUUAAUGGAUUAUGUUAAAGAUGCAGGAGAUUUAGCAUUAGCUUAUGUUGAUAGAUUUUUAUCAGUAUUAACAAAUGGUGAACAUGAUAAUUUUAUUAUGAAACGACGAGAAAAAGAACAUAAAAUUGAAGAUGAUCAAAAUAAAAUUAUCGAAACACUUUCAACUAACAAUGUUUCAUCGAUGGAUUCUAUUUCAUCGUCUGAUCAAAUUAAAUUAGAACCACAAAUACAUAUUAGUAAUACUUUACAACAUCAACAAUCAGAUACAAAUUUGAAUGAACAUUCGAAAUUACUUACACAACUACGUCAUACACAAUAUAAUCGUUUAUCACAAUCUUCAAAUGAAAUUCAUCAAGGUGUCCCUUCAAAACAAAUAAAUGAUUCGAAUCAUGAAUAUGAUUUAGCUGAAAAAGUUCUUUUUAAUUUUAAUGAUUUAACAUCACUGUCAAAUGGAACUGAGAAAUUAAUCUCAUCUGAAAGUAUACAUCAUAAUCUUGGUAUUAUUAAUAAUAAUGACCCAUCAUUAUCAACAUUUGACACAUUGUAA